AUGCGCCCUCAGAAUGUGCCACCAGGCUCGUCCUCCCUCGAGCCUGAUCGCCCUUCCACUGAGGAAGAUGUUUCUAUACAACCUCACUCCGUUGGAUCGACCACAGAUAAUGCUGUCUAUCAUAUAGUCGCUUCCACAAAUCACGACGAGCUUCAAAACAAUGACCACGAUUUCGUAGAUGCCGAGGAAGGCGGCGCGCCUUUGUAUGAUAUCAGUAUGGAAGGCAUGGGGGACCAGUCGCCUAUGUUACCACCACAAAGUGUAUCUUCAGGACCUGACACCAUCGAUACCUCUACGAAUAUUACUUUUGCGCAGGCAUCAAUACAGACAGCGGUCGAUGUUUUGACCGACCCUGUAACUAUUCAUUACCCCUUGCCUGAAGCACAGCCAGUCACGGAAGAGUCAGACGUGUUUGGCUUUGGUGGUGAUGAGUUUGAACCCUACCCGCUCCUCACGCCCAAUGCCGGCCCUGGUAUUCUGCCCGAUAACUCCAACUCACUGGAUUUUUUGAAGGAUAUAAGAUCCACACCAAGGAAUGAGCUUAGCAUAGCGCAAAUCCGCCGUUCAAGGAUUACGUACGAAGAUUUGAAAGGCGACGCAUGCGAUCCGCAAGGCAUCAACUGGCAGGACCUAGGGGUUACCAGGGGCUCAGCACGGAAGUGCCGCACUAAGCUUUUCCGUAAUUAUACCAACAUACCUGAUUCAGAUGCCUGGGACAGCUCCAUGCCCGACAAGUUACCUCGGCGCCAUGAAAAUUAUUUUCGAUUUCGCAGCAUGGAUUUAUGCAGUGAUGUUCGUUUGAUGCACUUUCAAUUACGCAACAUUAUGGGCUGUGCUUCUCGGACAGCUGUCUAUUAUCCCUGUGUAUCAGGGACUAUACGGGAAUUAGAUCCUACCACAAGCGAAGUCAAAAUUGCUAUGAAGUUCAAAAACAGCGAUGAUGCCCAAAUUUCUACGCUGGCAGCGGAGGAGGGAAUUCUGAUCACUGGCGGUUUUCACGGUACAUAUCGCUACCGUUCUAUUGGAACAGGUGGUGACCCCCAUUGUUACGAUGGAAGACUGACCGACCACGUUAGUGGUAUUACCAAUCAUGUGCAAGUCAAUUCGUCCCGUCGCUCAUCUAUACCACUAGCAGCUUUUGCUUCAAACGAUUUCGGUUUUCGCAUGGUAGACCUGGCCAGGAAUGAAAUCGUCCUUGAUAAGAUGUACGACCAUGCGCUCAACUGUACAGCUCUAAGUCCAGAUAAGAGGCUUCGUGUGAUGGUUGGUGACCUACGAGAGGUUCUUAUCACAGAUGCAGAAACAGGCGAAGUGUUACAAGGUCUCAACGGGCACAGAGACUUUGGCUUCGCUUGUGAUUGGGCACCAGACGGCUGGACCAUAGCUACAGGUAAUCAAGACAAAACUAUCAGGAUCUGGGAUGCUCGGAUGUGGAAAAACAGCGUUGCUGUAUUGCGAAGCGAGAUGGCGGGUGUCCGCAGCCUACGCUUUUCUCCACUCGGGUCCGGAAAACGACUCCUUCUUGCCGCGGAGGAAGCCGACGUGAUCAAUCUCAUCGACGCACAAACCUUUGAAUCCAAACAAACAAUUGACAUUUUCGGCGAACUUGCCGGCGUAUCUUUCGCCAAUGCCGGUCAAGAGAUCAUGGCGCUGUCAAGCGACCCGGUACGUGGAGGAGUACUACGUCUCGAGCGGUGCGAUCAUGGAGCGGAGGACACUUUUAGUUACAUGCGGAGACAAUAUCUGGGAGACUACGGGUGGGUCGAGCCAGGAUACGACUGGUUAUCAACACCGCAGCAGGUUGUAGACCAUCCUCGAACACAAGUGACUCUCUCGCAGAAACAACGACAAGCUUCCAUGGUUGAGGAUUGGUUCUUCUAG